AUGAGCUGGUAUGAGAUUGUCACUGUCAAGCAAAGCAACAUCAGAGCUCAUGGCCACCGACCUCUUCCUCGACGGCAUAGCAAUUGCAACAUCCUAGAUGACUCACGGCGUCCACUACUCGAAAUCGUCAACUUUCCUCACAAACCCUAUGGUCGACAUGCUAGGCCUAGAUCUCCCGUACCUCACAAACACCGUACCAACAUCCAUAUUGAACUCUCCGACCCUCCACGACCUGUGCGCCACCAUGAUCGCCCACAAUUCGUGCGCCGCCGCUCAAUCAGUAACCCUCCCCCAGUCAAGAAGGAAACUCCAACCGUCAACAUCAUUUCCCACUCCGCCUCCGCUUUGAAUAGCCGAGAUGUCAAAGACAGGACCUACGCCGAGGGACGCUUAGACCAGGCCUUAAAGUUCGUGCCCACGGACGCCUACUACCUGUACACGAUCAACUGCGUACACAUGAAACCACCGCCCCAGCACAUCUGCGAUUCUUUCACGGGAACGGCCGAGAUCGUGAAGCGUUCGGUCAUGAACGAUCCCAGGGCCAAAAAUGCCGUGGAAAAAGCAGUCCACGACAUCGUGGAUGCACUCAAGAGGGGUCACUCCAAAGUCUGGCUCGAGUCACGCUGUGUCAUGGGUACACAUCGUAGCGUAGCAAUUGCAGAGGUCAUCGGCGAGGAAAUCGAUUCGAUGGGUGUGAAUGUUAUGGUGCAGCAUCCGCAUAUCAGAGAUGCCGAUUGGCAAAGGCGACGUGGCUGA